ACUUCCGCCUUUAAGAACCUGGAAGCACGAGCCGGAACUUGGCGUUCAGCUCCCCCGCCCCCCAGCGACCCGCGCCCUCGACCGUCAUUGGCUGCAGUCCUCAAGCUGGGCCCGCAGCACAAGCUGAUUGGUGGGCUGUGGUGCGCCUGCGCACUGCUGUUAGGUCAGCCGCUUCCACACCGAGAGGGUCGAGAAGGUCGAGAAGGUCUCGCAGUCGAGGCAGGACAGCCGCCCCCCCCCCCCGCCCCCACCGUCUGGGAAGAGAUGAGCUCCUCCGACAAUGAUGAGGGGCCGACUUCGCCCGACCAGCCGCCCUCAGAUCCGGAGCCCUCCGACUUGUCGUCGGACGAGCUCUUGGAGACAGACCUCACGAGGGCGGGCAUCUUCGUCAAAGAAGGAAGCCAAGUCACGUCCGGUGGCCUGGAUGAUUCUGGAGACAGCUCCAGACAGGGCGUCCUUGGUGGACCGGGCCCUCUCGUGUCCUCGCUUCCUCGCGCGUUAGCUGCAACCAUGCAAAGGCCGUUCGUUGGAGAGUUGGACAUCUCUUCUCCCAAGUCAUCAUCGAAGAAAGCGCCGACCGUGGUCAGCGGGAAGAGAGGGAGCCGGUCCAGCCACCUGCCACGGGCCACACCUCGAAAGAAGAUGCCUCAGGAGAAGAAAUCUCUGGGUAGCAGUGUCUCAAAAAUUGUCCUGGGGAGAAAAUCCCAGGCCUGUCUCUCUGGGGGUCCUGUGGCACCAGACACCUUCCCUCCCAUCUCUGGCCUUCCUGGGCUUGGGAAAGCUGAGAAAUAUUCCUUGGUCCCUGUGGGGACCAAACAACCCAGGCACAGAAUCGGGAAGACACCUGCCGUGAGCAGGACAAGGGACUCCGAACUGGUGGCCCAAGGAGAUUGCAGCCGAAAUAAAGAGCCAGCCCCAAAGGGCCAACUUUCAGCAAGCGGGCCAGGGCCAUCUCGCCUGUCCAUGCCUCAUGGAGGCUACAACAGUGGGGACCCCAGUACGAAGACCUGUCAAAUUCCCGGAAACUCCCAGCUUUUGGCCGUGGCCCAGAGAGCCGCCAAGUCCAGAGGCACCCCACCCUUGGGUGACCGGAGGCCCCUUCUCCAUCUGCCACGACAGGAAAUGAAGCAGCUGCUGCCUGGAGCACAGAGCUGCCCUCAAUGUCCUGUGCUGCAGAGAGAAAUCGACAACCUCAAAGAUCAGCUUGCGGCCAUGCAGUGCCUCAUGGACAAGUUCCAGACCCUUUGAAGCUGAACACUCGGAAGCAGCUGGUACCCUCUGAAUCUCUAAGUUACAGCCACACUGGUUCCCCGUUCUCCUUGCCCACUUCUCAUCGGAAGGCCCUGCCCUGCCAGGGCCUCCCCCUUUCCUGAGGUUUAACACAGCUUUUGUCACCCCGCAGUUGGAAUUAAAGUACUUUUGUGGUUC